AAAUUCUUAGCAAUAUCGCGCUAAUUUUCAUUGUCAUUUAAAUCACGGAAUAGUGAAGUGCUUUGCAAUGGGUCAACUGUUUAUAACUUUAUUAGUAGUAUUUUUCCUGAAAUCGUCGUUAGGUUCCCAACCAUGCGGUGUCAACGAAUACUUGGAGAGCUGUGCCAAGGAUUGUCUGUACGAUAAUUGUCCGAAAAAUGCACAAGAUGACUCUGUGUCAUGUGCCAGUCCUAAGGAGUGUGUUUCUGCGUGUAAAUGUAUAUUUAAUCACCGUAGAGCUGAUAACGGAACGUGCAUACAAACUACGUCAUGCCCACCUUUCGACUGUCCCGCCAAUGAGGUCUUCGAUCCAUGUCCCUCGUAUUGUCCCGGAGAAGACUGCAAGUCCGCAACUCCUCAUGGGUUAUGUCCGUUUCCAAUGCUGCUAGUGGUCUACUGCACUCCUAGCUGUAGAUGCCCUCGAGGCCACUGGAGAAAGAAUGGAGUUUGCGUGCCUUAUGAAGAGUGCGGGAUAUAGAAGAAUGAAGAAAUAUUUCCAACGCUGUUUUCAAAAUUCAGCUUCGUAUUUUUGUGUCUGCAAAUCUUAGAAAGUAGUUUUGGGAUUCAUUCUGUUAUUUUUGUAUAAUAAUUAAAUAUAAGCCUGGGUCAAUACACAC